AUGCCAACUGGAGGGUGCCUUUGCGGUCAACUCAGAUAUGAGUAUACCGGUGAGCCCGUUAUGAAGGCAAUAUGCCACUGCGUAACCUGUCGACACGUCAGCGGCAGUGUAUUCACUACCAACAUCGUUGUCCCAGAAGGAAAUUUCAAGAUCACAGCGGGGACGCCGAAAAGAUACGCAGCAACUCAGGACAGCGGAAUGACGUUGACAUAUUCCUUCUGCACUGAGUGUGGAUGCGUUAUCAACAAGGUCGGAGACGCUGAGGCUUUCCGCGGUGUCAUUCUCGUUGUGGCUGGGUCUCUUGACGACGAGUCCGCAGUGGACACGGCUGAUCCUAACGUGGAGUUCUACGUUAGCAAGCGGGCCUCAUGGCUUCCAGCGCUUGAUGGCAAAGGGCAAUUUCACGAGUUCGAUAACAAAAAUGCUCGCAUGUAG